GUUGGGAAGGCAAAAAAGAAUUUGAUACCAAACAAGAUUCCCAAAUUCACAGAAACUGUGACCAAACUGCCUAGCUUUAUCACAAACCCAAAACAACGCGUUCCCAACCCUAAUCAACUUUUCCGUUCCGAUCUUCUCCAGUAUUAGUUCUAAAUGAGUCGUCCACAAGAUGCAAAGCGAUCAUUCUUCCCUUUUGGAAAUCCUUUUAGGAUGAUAUCACCUAAAGGCGAUAAAAUUUCUCCACAGCUGUUGUUAGUAUUACAUGCUUUUGAAGCAACUUUGGAAGAGAGGCUGAAAAAGCUUAUUCCCAAGAGCAAGGAUGAGAUCCUCAGCUUGUCUUGGAUGACUUUGGCUAUGCAGGUGCUAUGUGAGAGUCAUAAUGACAUUAAAACCCUCAUCACAGAGCUUGAGCUGCCUGUUUGUGAUUGGGAUGAGAAAUGGAUUGAUGUGUACUUCGACAUUAGUGUGAAGUUGCUAGAUAUAUGCAAUGCAUUUAGCUCUGAAUUAUCACGUCUGAACCAGGGUCAUCUUUUACUUCAGUGUGCGUUGCACAAUUUAGGAUCUUCCUCUUCAGAGCAGUAUGUUCGGGCAUGUUCUUCACUUGAUGGUUGGAAGCAGCAUAUUGGUUCUGGAAACCCUAGGAUUGAGAAAUGUGGCAGCAUUUUGGAUAAUCUUCUGGGAUCACUUGAUCUUCCAAAGGUUAAAAAGUCAGCUAAAGGGAAGGUUUUGAUGCAAGCUAUGUAUGGAGUAAAGGUGCAGACAGUAUUUGUAUGCAGUGUGGUUGCUACGGCUUUUUCAGGCUCUAUGAAAAAUUUGUCAGUUUUGGACGUUGCUGACAUAUAUUCUUGGGCAUCAACCUUUAAAGGGUUGCAAAAUCUUGUAAAUGAGGAAAUUAGAGUUAGAUUUUCAAGUGGGGGAUUUACUUUAUUGAAUGAGUUAGAAGCAGUUAAUUCCUCUGUGAAGGAAUUAUCUCCAAUUAUCCAGGGUGUUGUAGAUAACAUUGAGACAGAAUCACUUGUGAAGAUUGUCGGGGAAUUAGGCCGAGCGACAGAGAAGCUUUCACAUGGUUUGGAUCUUCUCACAAAGGAAGUUGAUAGCUUUUUCCAAGUGGUCUUGACUGGUCGUGAUGCCUUGCUAUCUAAUCUGAGGCCAGGUGCAACUUCCAUUGACAGCAUCAUAGAGGGUAACAGAGAUGCACAAAUAUCAUAGAGGCUAGGUAUUGGGUUUUAUGUUUUAUGGUUGAUGGUUUUCAAUCAUGUUUGGCUUAUUGUAUACUAGCUAGAAUGAGUAAUAGGUUAUAUGAUAGCAUUAUUGUUCUGAAAUGUAUAUUUGUGAUUGUAAUAUUACAUGAUGAAUAUAAAUCUAUUGAAAUGUUUCGUGUUCUCACUGGA